CGUGCCCGUUGUUUAUAGCUCCUGGCUAAGAGCAAGACUUAGAAAAGAGACACGCGCGUCAUCAACGGUCCUAACCGUCGCCUCAGAAAGCGGAAUAAAUAAUAUUCAUUUUAUAAUUCAGCAAAUAAAAGCAGAAGGAAGAAGCCUAUAGUUUGAACAGCAAAACAGUAAUGUGAAAGAGAACAUUUCCUGCACUGUUACUAGAAGAAACUGGAGAUGAGGCUUGUGGGAUUCUGGAGGACGGGGCACGCCUGUCUGUUGCUGGCUGCGGUGCUUCAGUUACUUCUGCCUGGCGUUAGAGCUGACAGGGCCUGGAACCAGUACAUACCACGACUACAGCUCUCACAUACAGAGCUGCAGUCAAUGAACAGUUCUGCCAUGUUCUUGCAAGGUGGUGGGUAUUACGAGGUUCUGCUGUUGGAUGAGGAUCAUGGCUGGCUGCUUGUUGGAGGAAGAGACCACGUCUACAUGCUUAACUCUGAGAGUCUGACCCAGAUUACAAACAAGAUUUACUGGCCAGCUGGAAGGGAACAUACUGAACGCUGCAAACAUGCAGGGAAGAAUCAGUCGACUGACUGUGCCAAUUUUGUAAGGCUCCUUCAACCAUUCAACAAAACUCAUGUGUAUGCAUGCGGAACUGGGGCGUACCACCCUAUGUGUACAUACAUUGACCUGGGCCACAAUGUCGAGGAACCUGCGCUUAGACUGCUGAGCAAUGCUGUCGAGUCCGGGAAAGGGAAGUGUCCUUUCAGUCCACAUGAGCCUUUUACUGCUCGACUCACUGAUGGAGACUUGUAUGCAGGAACAUCGGUGGACUUCAUGGGAAACAAUGCAGCCAUAUUCCGUAGCUCUGUGCAUACAACCAGUCAGCACUACAUUCGCACUGAGGCUUAUAAUGGCCACUGGCUCAAUGAGCCAGAAUUUGUGGGCUCAUUCUCUAUCCCAGACACACACAGCUUAAACGAUGACAAGGUCUAUUUCUUCUUCAAGGAAACGGCUGUGGAGUCCAACCAGCUGGAUAAGCGCAUCUAUAGCCGGGUGGCUAGAGUGUGCAAGAAUGAUGUUGGUGGCAAGAGGAGUCUGAUUAAUCGCUGGAGUACCUUCCUCAAGGCCAGGUUGGUCUGCUCAGUGUCAGGGCCAGGAGGCAUGGACACAUACUUUGAUGAGCUGGAGGAUAUAUUUCUUUUGGAGACCAAAGAGCCACAAAAUCCAGUUAUAUAUGGAGUCUUCUCAACUUCUAGCUCUGUCUUCCGAGGAUCAGCUGUAUGCGUCUACUCAAUGGCAUCCAUCCGAGCAGCUUUCAAUGGGCCCUUCGCUCACAAAGAAGGCCCUGACUAUCGCUGGGUGGAGUACAAAGGCAGGAUCCCAUAUCCACGUCCAGGGACGUGCCCGAGUGAGACGUACGACCCAUUGCACAAGUCUACCCGUGACUUUCCUGAUGAGGUUAUGAGCUUUAUGAGAGGCCACCAACUGAUGUGGGAGCCGGUCGUGCCGAUUCACAGGCGGCCUCUGUUUACUCAAAUCAAUGUCCCCUACAGGCUAAAGAAGGUGGUAGUGGACAGGGUGGACGCUGAAGACGGGCAAUACAGUGUUCUGCAUUUGGGUACAGAUGAUGGCAAGGUUUUGAAGGUGGUAUCUAUUCCCAAGGAGAACUGGGAAUCUGAGGAAAUCAUAUUGGAAGAGCUGAGUGUGUUUCAGAGUCCUAUCCUUAGCAUGGAGCUUUCCACCAAGAGGCAAUCUCUAUUCGUAAGCAGUAAAGAUGCAGUAGCUCGGUUACCCCUGCAGCGGUGUGAGCUCUAUGGGAAGGCUUGUGCUGACUGUUGCCUGGCCCGGGAUCCUUAUUGCGCCUGGGACGGCACCACCUGCACCAAUUAUUUCCCCACUAACAAGAGACGUUCCCGUAGACAGGAUGUGAGGCACGGCGACCCAUGGAGCCAGUGUCAGGAUCUGGGAGAUGGUGCUGAAGAAAUUGAGCUGAAGGUGGUUUAUGGAGUAGAGAACAACUCAACUUUUCUGGAAUGCAUGCCACCUUCAUCACAAGCGACAAUCAAAUGGAUCACGCAGCAAAAACACAGCCAGAGCACUAAAGAGCUGCUUCCCGGUGAAGACAUCAUUCUCACAAAACGAGGUCUCCUCUUGCAGCGGAUAACUUCCUCAAAUGCCGGCCUCUUCCUGUGUACAGCUCAAGAGCACUCUUUUUCCCGCACGCUAGCUCGCUACGAUCUGCAAGUCAUCUCUGAGCAACAUGUAUCAAGUACACGCAGCACUCAUCACUCUGACCCCAAAGUAGGUGGCAACUACGCACCAUCUUUGCUUAGCUACAAGGACCUGCAUCUCAUUGGUGUUGGCGGCCUAACAGCCGACGAGUACUGCGAGCAACUGUGGUACCGCGAGAAGAGGAGACAGCAGAAACUCCGCACACUAAAGUGGAAGCAGACGGCAGAGAACCGCAAGGCUCGAGUUCGCCGGCAAAAUCCACCAAGCGAGCCACUUCAGUGAAACCACAGUUAGAGACAUUUGAGAGAAAAGAAAGGACAUUUGGGUGUGUCUUGGACGAACAUGACGCUCUAGAAUUAGCCACUUUAGCCUUGUUACUGUUGAUUACUUUAAGGAUUAGAUUACAAAUCCAUCCUACAGUAAGACAUAAAUGUUGGUGACCUUGUGUUUAGAAUUCUAAACAAAAAUUUUUUUCUAGGAAACCUGAUCUUUUGGCAUAGAAACAUGCACAGCAUUAUAUAUGGGCAUAUUAGAAAAUAAUUAAGAACAACUGAGUGAGAGACAAAGUUAAAAAAAAAAGCGCCUUUGAAUGGUUAGAUGAGAGAUUUCAUUAAGAGUGAGCAUAAACACCAGAGUUCUGUUCUGUUGCUGUGCCCUAAGCGAUGCUUUAAUCAGUAUCAGGGGUGGACAGAUCAUACAGUAUAUUCAUUAGCAAGCUCACUGAGUAAGGGACUGCAGUGGACUACUUCCUAAAUUACCACAUCCUGUGUCAUGAAAAUGCUGCACUUAAUAUCACAAUCAAAUGUAGAAGGUAUAAAGACCUAAAAAAAAAAAAUCUGAUAUUUUCCUAAAAUGAAGAUCUCAAGAGCAGGGAAUAGAUGAGCAAGGAUUCUGUUAGAUUAAAAGCAAGAAAUUGAACAAAUGUGUUUUGGCCUGGAAAAACCCUUAAAUUUGCAGGAUUAUCCAACAACAUGAUCAAAGCUUGACAUUAUCUGUGUGAGGAAAUCACACUUUGACAACUCAUUCAUUCACCUGACUAAUUAAAAACCUUGAUCUUUACUGUAUGUAGUAAAGAUCUUUUAUUGUUUUGGGCACCAGACUGUGUUAUAGACUGAAAAAAGUUCAUGGAGCCAUCAGACAGGUGCAGGAUUCAUUAUUAUCCUAUAAGCAUGUUUUGAGAAUGGUUAUACACUCAGUGUCAUGCUUCAACUAGAAUGUGGUUUGUACCACAUUGAUGGUGUUUAACUGUACUAAGAAUGUGGGCCAUUAAUUGCAGGGCUAAUUGGUAAUAUUUGUGCCUUCAGGAUAGUUAGUAGUUUUUAUGCCAUAAAACACAGCUGUAUUUAGAGCUAAGGUUGGUAUCUGUGCGGAGUUUGAAACCGAGUAUGUUCUCCUGUUUCUCCUUUGGGAUCCUCUGUCUUCCAAAAAACAUGCAAGGAUGUAGAUUUGUAACUGUAAAUUGCCCCAAGAUUUGAAUUUGAGUGUGUGAUGUGUGUGCACAUAGUGCCCUCUUAUGGACUGGUGUCCUUCCAGGGUGUGUUCCUGCCUUACACGCAAUGUUCCUUGGAUAGUCUCUGGAACAUCCACAAAGCCUGAAUAAGAUUAAAAGAUUACUGAGCAUGAAUAAUGAAUCCGAGUAAAGAAAAUCUGGAACUAUAAGAAAAAAAUAUUCUGCUUGUGUACCAUCUGAUUGUGUCACUUCCUGGUAAAAGCUUUAAAAAGCCACAUCUAAGGCAUGGUGACAUUGCUAAUCAGCUAAUUCUGGAUUAAAUGACCUAACACAAAGGCAAACAAUCUGUCAGUCAAAUUCGACCCCGCUUCAUAUAGAUUUAAUGUCGCAUAGAUUCAGUGUAUCAGUAUUAUGUGUUAGGAACUUUUGAAAUACAACAGAUCUGAUCUGACCAUAGCAUAUGCAAUUAGUCUCUACUGUGUUUGUGAAUAGAUUGAAAAUAAAGUACAAGUCAUAAGAAACUGUUAAGUGCCAGUAAGGUUGUGGUACCAGUUAGCAUGGUCCAGUUAGCGCGGUCUCGUUUGAUCUUGCCUUCCUUCACCGCUUACAAUAUUAUCCUUUUUUUAAUGGUUAAGUAAUGCUUUAAGUCUCUCAUACUGUAAUGAUCAUUUAUUAUACUGUGGUGUGCUGGAAGAGUUUCCUUUGGGCCACACGUUUUCAUAAAGGGAACAUCAAAGUAUUGCGGCAUCUGGGAGAAAUGAGCAUGAAGUACAGUGGACAGAAUUUUUUUUUAAAAAAAGGGUUAACUGAGUUUGGUCACUACUCAGGAAAAUGGCUUCCAGGCUGACUGGACCACAGUAAAAGGGAUUUCUUUCUUCUGAUCUUGACAGGCUAAUAGGAAAGCAGCGUCCAAACUGGCCUGAUGUUUGGAAGAUAGACGAAAGCCAACCGGCAACAAAUAUGUGACAGAUUAUAGAAAAUUCUGCAUCUUAUAAACAUUGUUUAGUCUUUAAUCAGAUCUCUGCGUUUUGCAUAACAACAUUUUUUCCAUGUCCACAAUGACAGGUAUAAUAUAAAGUUUUUAUGUUCAACAACAUAUUUACUCAAUCAGUUCAUUGUACUGUUUUGUGCUGAAUAAAAUGUCAUGUUAUCUUCAUGUGAUUUGUAUGAUGUAAACGUCGUGCUUAUAAGUUAUAAAGUCAUCCAGUGUGUAGUUUUGAAGAAUACAUGUGCGUGUCGUAACACUAAGCUGAUACAGACUCAGGAUGAUUUGAGCAACUUCUAACAGCGUCGUUGUUCGUUUCCAUCUGAUGUUUAUUUUUACUCUGGUGUGCAUCAUUAAUAGAAGUCCAUUUACGUAUUUUCUUAGAUCACAUCAACCAGUGACCUCCUGCUAAAAUGUGUGACAUCAUUAUUGAAUCUAAGCUAUUACAUUUUAUUAACAAUAUAUAUAAUUUAUGGUUUAUGUUUUACUUUACAAGACUUCUGCAAAUCUUUUUGAUGAAAUGACAUUUUAGUUUUCUUUUAUCAUCUGAAAUGACACAUUUAUCUCGUUGUGUACAGAUUUUCUUGUUCUAAACCUUUCUCUGUAAACUAAUAUUUGUGUGAAAUCAAUUAAAAUAUUUCCCACAUUUAUUGUA